ACAGACAAUAUGAAAAAAGUAAAUAAUUAUUUCGGAAGGGAACAGAGGAAGAUGAACUGAGGAAGGAACUAGAAGAACAAGAGAAGAAGCACAAAAAAGAAAAAAAAAAGAGUGAUGGAAACAGCUGUCUUUAUGAGGCGAAGCAAGAGCCUCCUCUGUGUUUCUAAAUAAAACUCUCUCUCUCUCUCUCCUUUCCUCUUCUCACUUAAAAAUCGACACUUUGAGCGCACACACACACAAAAAAACAUUGGAAAGACGAUAAUGGAUUCUCUGCAGCUGCUGGAUAAGCGUCUGGACACGACGGAGCAAGUGGUGGAAGAAAUCAUGAGAAUCCACAGAUCUCUCCCGCCGAGACCAGGACUCGACGAGGUCGAAGCCGCGAGGUCUCUGAUACAGAACGUGGAGAAGGAAGACCAGGCCUGGCUAGAAGCCAUCGAUAACCAGAGGAAACCCUCCUCCUCCGACGUUGUCCCCGGCGAGCUCUUCGCCGUGCUGCAGGAGAUGAAGAAAGGUCUCGUUCGGUUCCGAAGCAAAGAGCAGAUAAGAGAAGCCGCCAAGCUCCUCGAUCUGGAAACCGUUCACUCUCUCUUCGACGAUUUCAUCCAGAGAGCUUCUGAUUGCAUUAAUAAUGCUUCUCCUUCUCCUUCCUCUAACGGCGUCUCUGCUCCUCCGUCUUCUCGUCCUCCUCCUCCGACGACGGUUCCGUCGAGCUUGUAUUUCUCGGAGAAGACGCCUGCUCGUCCAAAGGAGAUGGUUUCGCGAGACGAUAGCUUCGUGAGUACAGCUAAACCUUCUCUCUACGGUGAUGGUUUCGUAGCUCCUCCUCGAGCACCACAGCAGAUUGUGGAUUCAACGCUCGUCCCCGGAAAAUUCGCCGGCAAUGAAGGAGAGAAGCUGAGUUUGAUAAAGCUUGCUAGUUUGAUCGAGGUAUCAGCCAAGAAAGCUACCAAAGAGCUGAAUCUACAGAACAAGCUAUCUCCACAAGUCGAGUGGCUUCCAGAUUCUAUCGGCAAGUUAUCCACUCUAACAUCGCUCGACUUGUCUGAAAACCACAUCGUGGUGUUACCAAACACCAUAGGAGGGCUAGCUUCUCUGACAAACCUCGAUUUGCGUUCCAACAGAAUCAAUCAGCUCCCCGAGUCUAUCGGGGAGCUGAUCAACUUGGUUCACCUCAACCUCAGCGGCAACCAGCUAUCAUCUUUGCCUUCUUCCUUCAGCAGGUUGCUGCAGCUCGAGGAGCUUAACUUGAGCUGCAACAACCUCCCUGUCCUCCCCGAGUCCAUCGGCUCGCUCGCCAACCUAAAGAAGCUCGACGUGGAGACGAACGAUAUCGAAGAGAUCCCAUACUCCAUCGGUGGAUGCUCUUCCCUCAAAGAGCUCCGUGCGGAUUACAACAAGCUCAAGGCUCUCCCCGAAGCCAUCGGGAAGAUCACCACGCUGGAGAUCUUGUCAGUUCGUUACAACAAUAUCAGACAGUUGCCGACCACGAUGUCUUCUCUGUCUAGCCUCAGAGAGCUGGACGCGAGUUUCAACGAGCUCGAAUCCGUCCCGGAGAGCUUGUGUUUCGCCACGACGCUCGUGAAGCUGAACGUGGGGAACAACUUCGCCGAUAUGGUGUCGCUGCCGAGGUCGUUAGGCAACCUCGAGAUGCUCGAGGAGCUUGAUAUAAGCAAUAACCAGAUCCGUGUGCUUCCGGAGUCGUUUAGGAUGCUCACGAAGCUGCGUGUGUUUCGUGCUCAGGAGAAUCCGCUUCAAGUUCCUCCUCGUGAUGUAGCCGAGAAGGGCCCUCAGGCGGUUGUUCAGUACAUGAACGAUCUCGUGGAAGCGAGAAACAACAGCAACGCGAAAUCGCUGGUGGUUAAGCCGAAGAAGAGCUGGGUCCAGAUGUGCUUCUUCUCCAACAAGUCCAACAAGAAAAAACAGAGCUCCAUGGAGAUUGUUUAAAACACACACACUUGCUGACCCGACCCAUUUUCAGGUAAUUCCGGUAAAAUACUAUUUGACAAAUCCACACGACAAUAUGCAAAGAGGGGGAGAAAGAAGAGGAGCGCUUUUGUUUCACUUAAUUCAUUCUUUGUUUUGUAAUGUUUCUUUUGACUACUGUUCAUUUGUGCGCAUCAUUGUUUCAUUCAUGUCUCUCUCCACAUAAAAUCUGUUCUUGCUGCUUUUUAUGGUUUAUGAUGACUGAACUGUAGAGCCGAUACCAAAACAGAAUCGAAUCACCUUUUGUGUGCAGUCUAUCGCUUUUUUUUUGUUUUUGUUUUGUCAAUCUGUAACCGUCACGAGACAUUGUCUUUCUUUCAUGUGAGUUAUCAUUUCAUUUAUCCACGUCACAUGUGAACCAAUGAAUGAAGCACAGGUUUUCUUCA